UUUUGGGGGCCUUUAACCCCCCCUCGCGGAGAAAUGGAGGCAACAAAAUGGCGGACCCGGAAGUGAGGACUACGUCAGUUUAAUUCCUGGCGGAGGAAUCCGUGAAGAGAAACUGAAUAGAAAAUCCACAUUUGCGUUCGAGCAGAAAGAUACUGCACCUCCGAGGCUCAUUUUCUAUUCACCGAAGCCCUUUUGAGGUCCUGUUCAUGUCAUCUUUGUGGCACACUGGCCAACUACUCUUCAUAUAGGUUCAAGUUCCAAAAUAACCCCUGGGAACUGAGCAUUACUCAGUAGACACGCUGCUUAGAAAGAUGAUUUGGGGACUGGAAGGCAUGGUGAGCGUUUUGGAAGGGUUCCAAGUCUGUGGAAGACAUAACAUUGUGCCUGCCUGCUCCACUUGCUGGCCCUGCUAAUCUCCCUGGGUCUGGGACACUGACCUGCACUGCUCAGCUAAGGUUUGGAGGGCUCAGCUGACUCUAGCCGCAUCUAGCUAAGUGAACCCAGGGUGUUAGUGUUACCCUGAGGGGAGUGAGGAGUGGGCAGUCAAGGCACCAGAGCAAGAGCCCCCUGGGGCCUCGGGCGGAGGAGUGAAACUGGAACCAUCAGGAAGCAUGAGUGAAUUUUGGCACAAACUGGGCUGCUGUGUGGUAGAGAAACCCCAGCCGCAGCAGAAGAGGAGACGGAUUGACCGGACCAUGAUUGGGGAACCAAUGAAUUUUGUCCACCUGACUCACAUUGGCUCUGGGGAGAUGGGGGCCGGAGAUGGACUUGCCAUGACAGGUGCAGUUCAGGAGCAGAUGAGAUCCAAGGGAAACCGCGAUAGGCCGUGGAGCAAUUCUAGGGGCUUGUAGCUCCAACAGGAAUGGUUCUGCUGUCUGAAGCCUCCACUCUGUGUCCAGCCCAGAAGAGAUGCUGUCCCCACCACAUCCCUUCUAGAACCAGUGGUCCCAGGGUCCCUCUUCCCUGUCUGCCUAAUUGUGCCUCAGAAGGCUUGGGGGCUGGAUUCCCUCUGUUCCCGCUGGCUGUAGCCCCUCCUGGAGAUGGGCUGAGGCAGCCUGACUGACUAAGUGACUAGUGGUUGGCCAGAGGGGCUCAGCUGAAGCCCUGGACACUCAGAUCUGAGAUAGGAGUUUUCUGGGAACCUGGAAUGAGGUCCCUUCUCCUGAAUGAUGGUCUAGGUGCCAUCUGUUUUUAAACUUAACCUGGAACUCCUUAUGUAGGGCUGGUGGGUGAGAUCAAAGCUGAAGAUGACUUUGCUGAGAUGCUCCUUGCCUCCCUGCCCUUGACCUGAAGCAAACGUCAGGCAGACGCUGGGUGGGUGACUACUGCCUAGUCUGUUCUCUCUCUCUAGCUCAGACCUGAAGCUCACAGUCUGUCCAUAUCUCUCUAUCAAUACCAGGGUCUCUCUUGUUAGGCCUCUAACCCUGUGUUUCUGUAGCAUUGCAAGCUCCCCAACAUCUUUUUAAAAAUUAGUUAAUUAACUUAAGAUGUGUUUUCUUAAUUACCCCCGUCCCAUUGUUUAACCCCAUCCCUGUUAGGAACCUUAUUGUUUCCCACCAAGUAAGAGUAAAGGUGAGAGGUAUAUCUUAACCUGAUGACAUUCCAUAUAAGUCUUAGAAACCUGGCCUGCCCUCUGCCAACCUUCCUGUUCGUCCAGGUGAGAGGAGGAAGAGGGCUCUGGAAGACACCGAGUGCAGCAAAACUGGGAAUUAUGGCUCAGUGUGGACUUCCUGACAUUGAGGAUGGGAGGGUGGUGAGAGCAAUAGGUUGAAAACCAUCAUCUGUGAGUCUAGGGAAUCUUAAAAUCCUCACAGUAUGGAGCAGAGAGACCCAUAGAGCUGAGUUUCUCAACCUCGGCAUUCUUGACAUUUAGGCUGAGUAAAUUUUGUAGUGGGGUCUGUCCUGUGCAUUACAGGGUGUUCAGCAGCAUCCCCAGCGCACUCUAGUUAUGACAACCUAAAUGUCCCCAAGGGGGUAAAGUCACCCUCAGUUGAGAGCCACUGCUCUGGAGUCAAGAUAUUUUUCUCCAGAGUGAUUUCCCCACCUCACUCACAUGCCAUUAUUCAUCCUAAACCUGAGCCAUGGAUGAACCAGGUCCCCUUGUAAAGUAGGCUCAGCAGGGCUGCACAUAAUCUCUAAACAAUACCGUGUUACCUGUGUGUGAAUGGGUUCAUGUCUGUGACGGAGGUGUAUGCUCCAUUCUUGCUCUCUGGGGGAGGGGUUCCUGCAGUCUGGAGGCAUGAACAGGGUAUGGUGGAAAUGGGAAAGGUAGGAAAGAAAAGCAGUACAAUGCAGACAGCCCAGCUUGGUCUCCGUGAAAUUUUAAGUGCUAUUUCUGUACCCUACUCCUAGAACCAGACACAAAUAUGACUCAGGGAGAUUUGUCUGAAGACCAGGUCCUACUCCCUGGCUGGCUGAAGAGUCUGCUUUAGGUGGGAAAGUAACGUAGGAGCAGGGUCUUUAGGCACUUUGUUUUCUCAGGCAUUUUUUUGUUGGGGCCCCUUCGUUGCAGGAUGAUUAGGAAGGCAGAUCAGAUGAACUCCCUUUGGCUCUAAGACUGAAAAGGUUAGGGGACGAGUGUCUAAUUAGCUCAGUAAUAGGAAAUGUCGUAGUGGGGGUCAGGAAUGUUGGAACUUAGGGACCACUCUGCUUAUUCCUCUAUCCAUCCAGUUUGCCCCCACCUACAGUGACAAGUUGUAUUUUUCAAAUUUCAGUCUAUUUCUUGCAGUUUUUCUGGGUCUAAGAUCUGUCAUAGAAAUACAUUCCCAAUUUUUUUUUUGCUGUCAGUUCCAGGCUAGCUAGUUGCCCUAAAGUAGCUUACUAACCUGAGGGUUAUACUAGAUCUAAAGGGUUAACAGGAUAGGGUAGACAGACUGGGGACUCCUGCCAUCUCUUCAUCCUGAUCUGUUAUUCUAGUGCCUAUUCUUUGGAUACAGUCUUUGCUUUGGUGCUCUCUCACCUUUAGCUUUCCUACUGCGUAUGCUACCAUCACUUUAACAAUAUUUAGAGUGAUGGGAGUGGGUUUGAGCGUCAUAAUUUAUAUUAAAAAUUUGUUGAACUUUUAAGUACAUUUUUCAAAUAAAAAAAGUUUAAGCAAACUA